UGAAGAUAAUGCAGGAUGGGGGUAUUUCCCCCAGUAACAGUUCUGCCCCACUUUCAUUCACAAAAUUUUCUAGCAUUGCAACAGGAUCAGUUUGACAUAGUGGAGCGUCACACACAGUGGGGCCUGGACCUGAUGGAGAAAUAUGUCAAGUUUGUGAAAGAGCGGACAGAGAUUGAGCAGUCGUAUGCAAAGCAACUGAGGAACCUUGUAAAAAAGCAUCUCCCCAAGAGGACUGCACGAGAAGAUCUCGAAUCAAAGUUCUGUCAAUAUCAGGCCUUCCUUCAGGUGGUGAAAGAACUGAAUGACUUUGCCGGCCAGCGAGAAGUGGUAGCAGAAAACCUUCUGACACGGAUCUGUCUGGAGCUUGCCAAGUACUCACAGGAGCUCAAGCAGGAGAGGAAACUGUACUUGCAAGAGGGCCGAAGGGCUCAGCAGCAGCUGGAGAACACCUUCAAGCAACUUGAAAACAGCAAACGCAAGUUUGAGCGUGACUGCAGGGAGGCUGAGAAAGCUGUCUUGACAGCUGAGAAACUGGACCAGGACAUCAAUGCUACCAAAGCAGAUGUGGAGAAGGCAAAGCAGCAGGCCAACCUACGUAGUCAUAUGGCUGAGGACAGCAAGAAUGAAUAUGCGUCAUGUCUGCAGAAAUUCAACCACAAUCAGAGCCAAUUUUACUUUCUGGAGAUGCCACAGAUCUUCAAUAAACUGCAGGAGAUGGACGAACGGAGGACGCAGCGUCUCAAGGAAGGCUAUAGCAUCUUUUCAGAGACGGAGCAGCAAGUCAUGCCCAUCAUUGGCAAGUGCCUGGAAGGCAUGAAAGCCGCAGCAGAUGUAGUUGAUGAGAAAAACGAUUCACAGGUCCUAAUUGAACUACAUAAAUCUGGUUUUGAGAGACCAGGAGACAUGGAUUUUGAAGACUUCAGCCAGCCAAUCAACCGCACUUCAUCAGAUAGCAGCCUUGGCACCCCUCGUGGCACUCUGGAUGGCCGACUGGACCCACGCCUGCUGGGCAAGAACAAGGGGAAACGUUGGCCCUUCAGCAGGAAAAAUAAGCUCCCACCCCCUCCCCUUUCCCCUUUAAAUUGCCCACCCUCCUCAUCUUCCCCUUCCUCAUCUUCCAUCAAUGGACCUCCAUCCCCCAAAUUCACCCGUGACCCCCUGUCUUACUGUUUGAACGAGAUCAAUAAGACAGUCAAACCCCGCAUCACGUCCUUCCGCAGCCUCAAACGGGGGACUGUGAUCACAGAAGACUUUAGCCAUCUGCCUCCAGAGCAGAGGAGGAAAAAGCUCCAGCAGAAGAUUGAAGAAAGAAACCGGGAAUUACAGAAAGAGAUAGAUCAGAGGGAUGCCUUAAAUAAGAUGAAAGAUGUUUAUCAGAAGACACCACAGAUGGGAGACCCAAGUAGUCUUGAGCCAAAGAUUUCAGAGACACUGGGCAACAUUGAGAGAUUGCGCCUAGAAAUCCAGAAAUGUGAAGCUUGGCUGGCAGAUGCAGAAAACAGGAUGCUGAGUAACCGGCCUGAUACGGUCACACGCUACAGCCGCCACUUGGAUCAUGCCAGUUCCCUGAACAACAACAACUGCUCCCAUGAGAAGGACAGCCCCGAAACCACUCACUCUGAUGAGAGCCAGGACACACUCAACCAGGCCAUCUACACAGAAUUUGACGAGGACUUUGAGGAGGAUUUGGUUUCACCUAUUGGUACCUGUGUGGCUCUCUAUCAGUUUGAAGGUUCCAGUGAGGGCACAAUCUCCAUGAUGGAGGGUGAAGAGCUCAGCUUGAUGGAGGAGGACAAAGGGGAUGGAUGGACGCGUGUACGGCGAAGCAAAGGGGGUGAAGGUUAUGUCCCUACCUCCUACCUGCGGGUGAAUGUAAACUGAGUGGGGAGUUGGCUAUGGCAUCCCAGGAAUGGCAGCUUGGAAGGCAACAUCAGGACAUGAGAGGAAGAGGUGUGGUGUUUCAUUUGACUGGGAAGAACUUCACAGUACCUGCUGUGAACAAGCACCAUAAAAGGAAGGAAUCUCAUGCCAAAUCAUUACUGCAGAGCUGUGGGAGACAAGAAUAGCCUUGUUGAAUAGAAUACAGUAGGCUAUAGCCCACUCAAAAACAAGAUAAGAGCACAAGAGAGGGGGUUGACUGUCUUGCCCAGGCACCCAACCGUCGUUAUCCCUCUCCCUCACCCCCCCUCCCCAGAUACCUUCAGGGCAAGCAGAGCUAAACUAUACUUGCAAAAUGUGCACUAGAAGGAAGAGUUAAAAGAGUGCCAUCCCUCCUCUCCUUGGCCAGUGGUUACACAAUUUUGCAUAAAGGAGAGCCUCUUUUUCGAGCUCUAAGGUGCAUGCACAUAGCUCCCUCUCAUAGCUGCACUGACUCCUUUCCUCCCAGCCCAAUGUGGUAGUGGUCCUGUCCCUUCUCCUCAUUUGCCAAGUUGUCAGAGCAGAACUGUAUCCUCUAGAUCUCAGUAACUGCUUUAUGCUGCUUUCAUGAAACUGUGCCCACAAGCCAAGAGAGGGACAGGUGUGCGUGUGUAUGCUUCUGACACACUAGGGUGCCAAGUAUGAGUGUGGAGAGGGUUAGGUUAGAAGACUAACUUUCACUUUCACAACUGCUGCUGCUGCAUCUGCCUUUUGGCUUUCCUUUUGUGUGUGGUUUGGGAUGGUUGAGGGAGUUGAGAGUAUUUGCAUAGCAGAGAACAUCAGCUGCCAUAGCUUUCUAAGUGAGAUGUAAGUACCACCUAGAGGAUCUUUACGUAGAAGUCAGGCCAGAUGCCAUACUGGCAUCAAACCAAUGUCCAGAUUAUUUUUCCUUGAAAUGCACUUUAUUUUCCCUGGAUCUGAUUGGCCUGAACCAUUCAGCCAUUCAAAAGUGCCUGUUCCUUAAAUAAAGUUUGUUUCCCCCUCUUUC